AUGGAACAAGACAAAACAGUUAGGGAUCUGUUCCCGGCCCUGGCUGUACAAUUGGAAAGGGCGACAAGCGAAACGCCAUCCGUUGAAUCGGAUGGUUCAGCCAUUUCAGUUGUGCAAAGCCCGACACCACGGGCUAACACACUGCAGGAUUCUGCCACUGCCCAGGGCUCUGGCUCUGUCUCUCGUUUACCCCAGUCUGAUAUUGCUCUGUCCACCACUCCCUACCCUUCUCUAACCACCGAAUUCCACCAAUCUAACGGCAAACAUAUUUCGCCGGUAUCUCCUGUGCAUGCGCUACCUCAUACACCUUUGCUCUCGUCCAAUUUAGAGAACAAAGUCGAGUCUUCUCGGCAGAACAUCAGUUCUCGUGGGACAACUCAAGUUCCGACCACUCCUGUUAGGUCGACUGGAGUCCCACCUGCUCCAGUUGGAGGGGAUUCUGAGGAGUACUUCCCUACUGCGAGUAACACUGUUUCUUCUCAUGGUAAGCACUGUUCUUUCAUCCCAACUCGCGAUUGUCAGAGCACUAAUACAGGUUCCACCAUUGCAGGUAAACGCGCUAAGGACGUGACUCCCACUGUCGUUCCUAGGUUAAAACUUGUUGUCAACGAACCUGAGGACUCCACGAAUGCAAGUGAAUCUCCCAAGGACGUGACUCCCACUGCCACUCCUAGAUUGAAACUUGUUGUCAACAACCCUCCUGAGGACUCCACGAACGCAAGUGAAUCUCCCAAGGACGUGACUCCCACUGCCACUCCUAGAUUGAAACUUGUUGUCAACAACCCUCCUGAGGACUCCACGAACGCAAGUGAAUCCCCCAAGGACGUGACUCCCACUGCCACUCCUAGAUUGAAACUUGUUGUCAACAACCCUCCUGAGGACUCCACGAACGCAAGUGAAUCUCCCAAGGACGUGACUCCCACUGUCAUUUCCAGAUUGAAACUUGUUGUCAACGACCCUCCUGAGGACUCCACGAACGCAAGUGAAUCUCCCAAGGACGUGACUCCCACUGUCAUUUCCAGAUUGAAACUUGUUGUCAACGACCCUCCUGAGGACUCCACGAACGCAAGUGAAUCCCCCAAGGACGUGACUCCCAUUGCAAUUCCUAAAUUAAAACUUGUUGUCAACAACCCACCUGAAGACUCCACCUCAGAGUCGGAUACCUCUUCAGGCUCCGCGAAUGCAAGUGAAUCCCCCAAGGACGUGACUCCUACUGCCACUCCUAGAUUAAAACUCUUUUGCAAACCGAAGCCUCGUCGGUCCACCUUGGAAUCUAUUCCCGAAACUGUUGAAUCCGACCCCGCUAGCAGCGAGCAUCUUUCGUCCCCUACCAACCUCGGAAAUCAAUCGUCCAAUAUGGAUCCACAUAAGCCUCGUGCUGAAAGCACCUCUUAUGACGAGUCUCCUAAGCCCAGUUCAAGCAAGCCCAGUUCAAGCUCUGACGAAGCUCCGUCCCGCGACGCUGGCAACCUGUCUCCAUUGAAUUUCGUCCCAACCCCUGCAAUGAACUCUUCACUCGAUCCAGCCAUGGACCCUUCAAUGGGCCCUUAUAUGGAUCCUUAUCAGCCAACUGAUCCAGCAGUUAUGCCAGGGAUCUCCCCGUUCGAAGACCCAAAUGUCGCCCCAUCCACAUUCGUAUUCCCCGAAGAAACUCCUGACUACAGCAGCGUGCCCAUCGACCCAAUGGGUGUGUACACCCCGGAGCAGUAUGCACGCAUCCUGGCGUCUGAGCAGGACCUCCUGCGUGAAAUGGCUGACAUGCAUACCGAUACUCCAACAUCUGUGUAUGACCGGAGAGUAGAGCAGCAGCAAUACACCACAGUUGCCGAUCUGGACCGUAUCUUUGCUGAGAUGGAAGCUGCCUGUGAUGGCAUAGAUAUUCUGCAACCUGAAUAUUGGGCUGCUAUCGGCCGCGAUCUGUCUGGUCCAUCUCAAUCUGGUGUACUUGCGUCCAACCAACCCACCCAUGCCCAAUCGGCAUCUCAGACCCAGCAGUCAGUGGAGAAAGCAGAACAAGGGUCAGCCAAAAGGCGUGCGCGACACAGAUCACGCAAAGCAAAGAGCUCGACCCCAGAGCCAUCAAGCAUGAUUUCCACCAGAACUUCAGUCUCGAACCAGCGCGGUAGCGCCUCAUCCCGGACGAAGACAGUGAGCCCUCCACCUGCAUCGAUCCAAACAAGCCGUGAUUCCAAGGACCAAGCCGCGACACCACCCGCAAAGACCUCAAAAUCAUCUCGACGCCGCGCCAAAAACAAGACAAAGACCGAGGCCGAUACUCCAGAGGUCCCGGUGAGUCUCUCCCCACGCCGUCUGCGCAGCUCCGGUGUCAUGCCGACGACCUCCAGCGCAAAGAAGAACCCCCAGGGUAACCCAACGCCAGAGUCAUGGGAGACAGCACCUAAGGCCGACAAGAUGAUGUCCCAGAUGAAAGAGGCGUCAAUGUCAUGGUCGGACAUCACAGAAGCUUGGAAUGACAACCGAAAUGAAUCGGAUGACGAGAUGUCAUGGCGAGCACUGAGCAAGCGCUGGGGACGAAUCAGGGAGAGAAUUGGUCCGUGGCCCGGGUUUGACGAGCUUCUACUGGAUACCUUGGGAGCGUUCAAUCCGAAGCUGGAUGAUGACGACUUUGCGCAGAUUGCCAAUGAGGUUUCGAGUGGACUUGGCUGGGAAGUUUCCAGCGAGGCUUGCCAAGUUCGAUACAAGGCCCUCAAGGAGUCUGGCAAGAUCGAUGUGAAGGGGAAGGGGAGGGCACGGAAGUAA